CCUCUCUCUCAAAAUUUGUAUAAUUAAACAGGCACCGAAGCAACGUUGCUUUCUCCUUACUUCAAAUGGCUGAGAAGUAAUAUGAGAGAGAAAGAGAGAUACAUAGAUAGAGGAAGAAUCACAGCCAUUUAGAGUAAACAAUUCUAGAGAGAAGGACAAGAAGAGGAUUUGGGAGUUCUUUGAUAUCUGUUCUUCAUCUCUGCAACAAAUUUGGAUUGGAAUUGAGUCUGCAACUCUUGAACUUGGUUAGGGUUUUGGAGUGGGGUGGUUCUGGAACGGUGUUGGAGUUGAAUUAUAGUGAUUGACUUAAGUGGGUUUUGGGAGAAUUGAGGUGGGUUUGGUUUAGUUUUGGUUGGAGUGGUUCGAUAUAGAGCGGUUUGGACUUGUUAUGGAGCGAAUUGCAGGAACCGGAGGUAGAUCCGGGAGUACCGGAGGCGAGAAGGAGGAAAUCGGAGCUGAGUCGUUCCUAUUUGGCGAGGAAAUUCAAAGACUGAUGACUGGUCCGCCGGAGAAUGGAAGCUCCUUCACGGCACUCCUCGGACUUCCGGCGAAUCAAGCCAUGGAGCUCUUGCACUCGCAGGAAUCUGACACAGCUCCCACCGAACUCUCCGGCGAGGCGUGGAGAGAUAACCAUAUGAAUCCUCACAAACUCUACUACUGUUCCCCGACAUUUCCGGCGAACACCACUCUCAUCGACCGCGCCGCGAGGUUCUCCGUCUUCGCCGCCGGCGAAAACUCGCCGGAAACCAGCUCAGUCCCGUCGAAUUCCUCGCUCAAAGUUAAGAAUGAACCCACCGAUACAGACUCGAACCCUAAUUCAUUACCGCCGUUGAUCUCCAAUCCAACGGUUGAGAACAAGAAUCAGCGAUCAACGAAGCGAAAGGAGCGAGAGAAGAAGGCCAAAGGGUCGACGAAAAAGUGCAAAAACGCAUCGAAUGAGACCUCCGAAGAGGCCGAGAAGCUUCCGUACGUUCACGUUCGAGCUCGUCGCGGCGAAGCCACUGAUAGCCAUAGCUUAGCAGAAAGGGCUAGGAGAGAGAAGAUUAACGCCCGGAUGAAGCUUCUUCAAGAGCUGGUCCCCGGUUGUAAUAAGAUUUCAGGUACAGCUUUAGUGCUGGAUGAAAUUAUCAGCCACGUACAAUCCCUACAACGCCAAGUAGAGUUCUUAUCUAUGAGACUUGCGGCAGUAAACCCGAGAAUUGAUUUCAACCUUGACAGUUUAUUGGCUCCAGAAAGUGGAUCUCUGGUCGACAGUAACUUCCCUAGCAUGGUCAUGCCACUGAUGUGGCCAGAUGUCCAAGCCAAUGAUAACAGACAACCUUAUCAACAGCUAUGGAAUGAUGACACACUUCACCAGCCAGUUUGGGGAAGGGAAGAGGACCCCCAUAAUUUCAUUGCUCCAGAGCACUCGCUUUUGAGUUAUGACUCCUCGGCAAAUUCAGGGUCUCUGCAGUCAAACCAGCUGAAAAUGGAGCUGUGAAGGCAAAGGUGGAGCUGCAUUAGUAGCUAGUCGUGUAUAUACUACUAUAGUAUUUAGCAGUUAGCCGGGGAAGUUGAGGGGGGGUCUUCAACAUUCAUAUUGGGUUUCCACAUCUUCUAUUUGUGAGUCUGUUGGAAACCCAGAUUUCUCUUGGUAUGUUACUCUUGAGUAUAUAUAUAUAUAUAUUAUAUUAUAUAGAUAUAUCUCUAUAUAUUAAUACUAACUUAGAGGGUCAUUCAGUCUAAGACUUACAUCUCUGAGAUGAUUGAUUGAUGAUUCAUAUUGUAAAAACAUAGAACACUCUAUGCUUUAACUACUAUGGAAGUCAGCUUUUUUGUUCCUUUGUUUCCCUUCAA